AAAACAAAAAAAAAAAAAGUACUUACAAUAAUAUUCUGCCCUUCAUCCCAUAUAUAGUUCAGAGCAAAAAGAAAAGAGAGGAUAGAUGCAUAUUCAUGAUAUUAUUUUUUAUUUUUGUGUGAGUUCAAAAAGUUGACUGAAAAAGUGAAGAGCUUGCUGAAAAAACAAAUAAUAUUGAAGGACUGAUCAGAAAGAAAAGAAAACAAAGACUAUUCAUUUAUUCAUUUAUAUAUAUAUAUAUAUAUACAUAUAUAUACAUUCAAGCUCUCUAUAUAGGUUCCUUCUCUUUCUUGCUUUUCAAGGGCCACUUUUAAGAAGGGGAGGAGGAUUUUUUUUUUUUUUUUUUGGAAAGAGUAAAGAGGAAACCAUGAAAAGUUGCUAAAAGCAAAGAAGGGGUUAUGUCUGUCUGUGUUUGUGGGUGACACCUGAGUUAAGAUGGGUGUUGAGAGCUAAGAAAGAGAGCCAUAUCAAGAAAGAAAGAAAAGGGAAAUUCAUUUGAAGAUCAGAUUAGAGAGAGCUUUUAGAGUUCAUAGUUCCUCUUUUGGUUUAGUUGAUUAAUUUAAUUCAGUUUUUUUUUUUUUUUUUUUUGCAUCCCUUGGGAUUUUCAAGUGGGUUAAAAAUUUAUAUUAGUUAGCAUCAUUACUUCUUUCAUUAUGGAAUCUGCAAAAAUCCCUCAUCACCACCACCGCAGCCACCACCAUCAUCACCACCACCAACAAGUACAACUACUUUCUGUUCAUCCACAAGAUCAGCUUCUUGGUUCUUCUUCUUCUACAAAUAAUUUAUCAGACUAUUCUCCUGUCUAUGUUGCUCCAAGUCCUCAUCUUUGGACCUCAAACAAUUCUAUCUUGUUGAAUAGUACUAUUAAUGGUAGCUUUGAUUCAUCUGAUCAAGCCGACCUAAGUUCAAGGAAUCCGAGGUUUGAACAUCAUGAUAACACUAUCCUAGUCCCUUCCCUAAGUUCAAGUUCUUCCAUAAUUACUCAAGAUUUGAGCUUCAACCACUGGCUAUUAGCUAAUGCUGCGGGAAGAAACAUCAAGCAACAACUUUCAAACCGAUCUUGCCCGAAUCUAAGCGAAAUGAUUAGCUCUAGUAGCCCAUCAUCAAGCAUAGAAGAUGAUCCUAAUGUGAAUUUGUUGCUUAGUACAUUGUCUUCUUCUGGAAGUCAAAACAGCAGAUUCCAAUCAUCUUGUUCACCUGAGGAGUUGAUCAUGUAUUCUUCUUCUUCUUCAGUACCUUCUAAAAGGCCUACUUUCAGCCAGAUUUACCCUACCAUUAACAUCUCCAAUUUUAGUAUUACUACUCAAACAACAUCUUUGGCGAAUUCGGCCGGUGCUUUUGACGUGGCCACCUUGCGACCGUUGGAUCUCUUGAAUCCGGCAAGGUCUUUGCAAGAACAUCAAGUUGGUAAUUAUCCUAAUGUCGGCGGAUAUGAUGACGCGAAGCCAUCAUUUCAACAGCCAUUGGAAUCUUCUUAUAGCAAUAAUCAUAAUAACAAUAAGACGACGGCUUUUAACAAUGGAGGUGGAGAAGAAAAAAGUAGAAGCAGUAAUAAUUCGGAGCCGAAAGCAGCAACAAAGCGACCAAGAUUAGAAUCGAACCGUCCAUCCUGCCCACCCCUUAAGGUUAGAAAAGAGAAAUUGGGAGAUAGAAUUGCAGCUCUUCAACAGUUAGUCGCACCCUUCGGCAAGGUAUGCUAAUAUAGUAUCAUAAUUUUCAUCUUUUAAUGGCAUCAAAGUUCUUUUCUUAUCACCAAUGCUUAUUAUAGCCGCAAAAGCCGACAGAGAAGGAAUUGGAAUAAAUUCAUGUCUGCCUUAUGUGGCUCUGUGGUCCGGGAAUAUCGAGGGAGGCCAGUACUACUACUUCUUGAACAUCCAUGGGAAUUUCAGAAAAAUAUGAAGAAAUCCAUCAUGUCCAAUGUUUCUAUUCACAAUUUUAAAAAUAACAAGGUGUUAGUAAUCAAGUAAUCUUUUUACAUUUCUUUUUAUCAUAAAACUCAUCAUAACUAAUUCAUUCGAAUUAGGGUUCCCUCUUCUUUGUUUCCCUUUGUUUUUGAGGGCCGAGUUUUAGAUAUGCAACAAGCACAUAAUAGACACGGCUCUUGUUUUGGAACAGAAUAAUAUUAUCUAUACAUGUGUGUGGAAAAGAAGAAUAAGUAGGUUUAUGUAAUACCUUGUUUAUGUAAUACCUUGUUCAAUAGAUUUAAUGAAAUUCUUAAGACUAAUGAUAUGUAUUUGUGAUGCACGUGGGGGUCCGGGGAGGAAUAUUGCAGACUGACACAGCAUCCGUACUAAUGGAGGCCUUCGGUUACAUCAAAUUCCUUCAAAAUCAAGUUGAGGUAUUUUGUACAUCAUGAUUCUUCUUUGUUUUUGGUCCCUUGCUUUUGUCAUACACCUCAGAUAUUCCAGCCCGAGGGAUAGCUUCAAUUAAUUAAUUCACAUUAUAUGGGUUGUUUAGCUCAUCAAAAUGUAUUGCUAUAAUCAUGAUGUAUUAUUAAAAUGAGACGAGAAAAUGUUACAAUACACCACAUGCUGAAACUUGUGAACUAAGUAAAUUGAACAUGAUUUAAAGAGAUGAAAAGAAAGCACAUUGUUGAUGAAGCAUAUAUGUAUGUUUUAUACAGCCAACCCAAAAAGGGUUUUGGAGAAAGGAAAAAAGAAACCUAAUAUCAAAUAGUAACACUACUUCCUUUUCCUUGUUUCAUGGGCUGUGUGUUGGAUCUUAAUUUGGUCAAAGCAUCGAACUGUCAAAAUCUUUCAAACCUUUAAAGUGCUUUUUGUUCGAUGCAUUUUGCUAUUCUUUUACAUGAUGGGAUGGUAUAUUUUACAGCCAUAAUUAAAAUUAUUGGUUUGUUGAUUAUCGCUAAGCAUAGGUGUCGAAACUUGAGCUGCGAAUUUCGAAAGUAGUUGAAUAUAACACGGUCAUCCUAAUUAUCUUCCAACAUAGUGUUUUUAUCUAUAAAAAAAUUUAUCUUAUGUAUUCCCUCCGUCCUAUAAAAAUAGUUUACAUUAAGUUUUGAGUUUUGAAUUUUAUACUUUUUAUAGUACAAAUUUGAAAACUGAAUGUGGACUAUUUUUUUUUUUUGGGACAGAGAUAUUAUUCUUUUAGUAUAAUAUUUUUGAGCUAAUUUUAGUAUAAUUGAGAUUGACUCUUUUGUUUGGGCAGGAUGUGAUUUUUAUUACUUUCGUUUACUAUUUAUACAUCCUGAUAAGCUAUCAAGAAUGCUAGACGAUUGAGUCAUAGAAAGAUUUGACAAUCUUACCGCUGAAAUUCAAUAAUAAUGAUAUGUUUGACUUCAUCAUCAGUUCAUUGUGAUUCUAGAUUGAGGAAAUGUGGAUGUGGAGUUGAAUUUUCUCUUCUUUUUUCGCCUCUCGUCUAAUUAAUUUUGGAGGCUUUUGUUAACUUCAUAAUUGAACAUUAUGUUAUUAUUGAUUCAGUUUUUUUUUCUUGUUUUUGGCAGACUCUAAGCUUGCCUUAUCUGAAGCCGUCAAGAAACAAAACUAGUAGUAGAGCAAUCCGUGGGGUAAGCCAAGAAAAAACACUAUAUAAGAAUAUAAAAUGUAUUCAUAUCUUUAUAUUAUAUUUUUUUCGUCUCAAAAAAUAUGUUCUAAUAAUUCUAAAAGUAUUACAAUAAAAAAAACAAAAGGAUUAUUUUAAGACCAAAAAAUAUAUGUAAUUAUCUCAAUAGAAGUAUGAUACAUUUUUCAAUGCAUUUAGGGUCCAGAGGAGGUGGAUGGAAGCGAAAGGAAACGAGAUCUUAGAAGUCGAGGGCUGUGCUUGGUGCCAAUGUCGUGCUUGUCUUAUAUGACUGACACCGGCGGAAGCGUUUGGCCACCGCCACCGAACUUCGGCGGCGGAACUUGACUCCGGUCACUGUGCAAGUCCUUCAUAUGCUCAAACUAGUGUUAGCUUCUAGUUGCCGGCAAACGUGUUUUUUGUUUUACAAAAAUUUUGACAAAUUGAUCAUGAAUAUUUUAGCUCCGCCACUAUUCUCUCAUUGAUGUACGGAUUAAAAUUAAUUAAUGGAGCAAAUUUGGUCAUUUUGGGAAAAAAAAAGAAAAAGAAAAACCAGGAUGGACCAAGUUUGAUCCAUAAAGAAGAAGAACUAGUACGAUACGUACUACUCAAAUUAAUUGACCAUUAUAGGUCCGAUGACCAAUUUGUUCACAUUUCAGCAAUUAAGCGGUAGCAUUUGUUUAAUUAUUUACGGAUUUGGAGUUUGUUUGAUCAUUUCCUUUUCUUUUCUUUCUUAAUUUCGGACGUAACUGUACUCUCUAAUAAAUAGAGUGAUCUAUUGUUGCUCG